AUGGUCAAAAAUGCCCGGUACCUUGGUGAACGGAUCAAGAAAGAAUUUGCAGAGCGACAUGGAGCAAACACAAUUGGCGUCGUUCCUCGAAUUCUUUAUGCUUAUAAGUACCUAGAAGCUGAAUGCAAGAAUGCGGCAUUCCAGAAGUCACUCCGGAAUCUGGACUUCUGCAGGGAAAUCCCUAUCCCUGGGUACUACAAGGAACCAGAGAAGAAGUACGGAAUUCGAAAAGCUACCACCUAUAAAGGGAAGCCACAUAGUUCUCAUGUCCGAAUCGAUAAGAGAAAGUAUUUGCAAAAAUCCAAACAUUGUAAAUGCUAUUUAUGUGGAGAAGAAGGACAUUAUGCAAGAGAUUGCACAAAGGAGAAGAAAAAUGUCAAAAGGGUGGCUUUGUUCGAAAAUCUGGGUAUCCCUGACGAUUAUGAUGUUAUGUCUGUUCAACCAGGGGAUGAUGACUCAGAUGCAAUAUAUUCAGUAUCGGAAGGAUUUGAUGAUACUGAACACAUUGGCGGAGGUCUUAUGGAGACAAUCUAUAUGUUCCGAGAAGACGAUAAACAGUAUUGGCUCGGAAAAGCAGGAGGAUACAAGGCACAAAUUAAAGUCGCACCGGAAAUCUACCAUUGUCAGCAUGAAUGGUAA